UCACUCUCACCCUCGUCGACUUUCCUCUCUUUAUUUCUUCUCUUCCCUUCUCUUUGCCGUGGAGCGGAAGCGCAGCGGAAAUAACUAGAUAAGCGGAGGAUGGAUUUCUACCAGGAGCUUCUCCUCACCGGCCUCAUCUCCGUCCUCAUCGCCUUCCUCAUCGGCAAGAUCGCCUCCAUCCCCGUAGACGACGACGAGGAGACCGACCUCGCCUCCUCUGCCCAUAUAGCCGCCGGUUCUUCGGCCAACGCGGUCAGUGUGCAUCCGAUCGCGGAAAAAGAGAUAGAGCGGAACUCGCCUCCCGGGGAUGCUUGUCCAUCCGGAGUUUCCUUCGAUGAUUCCGAUCAAGCCGAGGCUCUUUGCUUCGAAGUCGAACUACAACGGUUGGAUCUAGAGAAAGAGGAGUUCUCAAAAGAGGUGGAAGUCGGUGCUUCCAAGGUGGACGAGUCGUCGACAAAGAAAGUUGGGGAUUUUGUCAAGAAAGAAGAAUUAUCUGUUAGGGAUGAAAAAGUUCUGGAUUCGUGUGGAGAAAAUGCAGUGGAAAAUGAAGAUGCGAGUGCAAUGGAUGAGAAAGACGGCCUUUUGCUGCAUGGGGAGGACGAUUGGGAAGGGAUUGAGUGUAGCGACCUGGAGAAAUUAUUCGGGGUGGCAGCCGAGUUUGUUGCCAGUGAGAAAGGUGGAAAUGCAGUGUGCAAAUUAAGUAAUGAAGUACAACUGCAGUUGUAUGGGCUGCAUAAGGUUGCCACUGAGGGACCAUGUUAUGGGCCCAAACCCAUGGCUUUGAUGGGUUCUGCUCGCUCAAAAUGGCAUGCUUGGCAGAGGUUGGGGAACAUAAGUCCAGAGGCUGCAAUGGAAGAAUAUAUCAGUCUUCUCGCUAACAGCAUUCCAGGAUGGAUAGUACACCAAACUAUGGCUCAACCCAAAGAUAAUGAUUGCAAAGAUCCUGGAGCAGUAGAAAUCUCUCAAGUUGAUCACAAUGACUUAAGGUCACCUUCUCACUCUAAUUCUGGAACUGAAAGGUUAGUGGGAGAUUCUUAUCCAGUGAAAGAUGCCACCGAUGCUGUAGCUACUGAUCCCAAAUUUUUGAACGAUGGACUGACAAAGCUGUUCCUUGUCAACCUGCUCUCACCAACAAGAGUGGCAUUCUGAAGUCACUUCUAGCAAAUCAAACCAAAACAUUCAUGGAGUUGGAUCUCUUGUACAUAGUAUGUGUGUCUAUUGCUGAUCUUGCGAUGUUCCAGUUUUCAUUAUCUAUGUGAUGGAGAAAGAAUCACAAGGUGUUGGUAGUAGAAAAACAAUGCAUAUACUUAUCCAUGUCUGAUUUGUCAGCUUUAAAAUGUAUAGGCUGAGUACAUAUAUAUAUAUAUAUCAAAGGUUGUUUCCCAUUAUUCUCGAUCGUCCA